UACAUUGAAUUUAUUCUGUACUAAAAGUUGUUGUUGCUUUGUUUCCACGAAAAUGAAAUUUUCAUACCCAAAAGCCCGUAGAGAUGAUUCAGUGAUCGAUGAAUACCACGGCACAAAGGUGCCUGAUCCAUACAAAUGGUUAGAAGAUCCAGAUUGUGAAGAAACCAAGGGAUUUGUAGACCAACAAAAUGAUAUUUCUAGACCCUUGCUUGAUCAAUGUCCUGUCAAAGAAAAACUCAAAAACAGAAUUACAGAGAUGUGGGAUUACCCUAAAUACAGCUGUCCUUACAAAAGGGGAGAUCACUAUUAUUAUUACUUCAACACAGGGCUUCAGAACCAAAGUGUAUUGUAUGUACAAGAUACUUUAGAAAGUGAACCCAGAGUUUUCUUGGAUCCAAACAAACUAUCUGAAGAUGGGACUAUUUCAUUGAGAAAUACAGCAUUCACAGAAAAUGGAGAAUAUUUUGCAUAUGGCUUAAGUAAAAGUGGUUCUGAUUGGGUAACAAUUCAGUUUAAAAAGGCACCCUCAGGAGAAGAUCUGCCAGAUAUUCUAGAGAAUGUUAAGUUUACAAGUCUGGCCUGGACUCAUGAUAACAAAGGAUUAUUUUAUAAUCAAUACCUCAAACAAGAAGGAAAAUCAGAUGGGACAGAGACUACCAGUAAUGUCAACCAAAAACUGUUUUAUCAUAGGCUGGGAGACGACCAAUCAAAAGAUGUGUUAGUGGCAGAGUUUCCUGACAAUCCUAAAUGGAUGAUGGGAGCCGAAGUGAGUGACUGUGGGGAUUAUUUAGUCCUAGCGAUAUCAGAAGGCUGUGAUCCUGUCAACAGACUUUACUAUACUAACCUGAAGACCCUUCCUGAUGGGAUCGCUGGACUUCUGCCAUUUGUCAAAGUUGUUGACAACUUUGACGCAGAAUAUGAGUACAUUACCAACGAGGGGACAGUGUUUACAUUUAAGACCAAUCUUAAGUCACCAAGAUACAAGCUGAUUAACAUUGAUUUGGCUGAUUAUGAAAUGGAGAAAUGGACAACCCUAGUUCCAGAGGAUGAAAAAAGUGUGCUACAAUGGGCCUCCUGUGUUAAUACCAAUAAACUUAUACUGUGUUAUCUGGAGGAUGUUAAGAACAGAUUAUACAUUCAUGAUUUAGCCACAGGACAAAGAAAUGCCACACUUCCAUUAGAUGUGGGAACAGUGGCCGGUUAUUCAGGGAAGAAAAAGCAACAUGAGAUAUUUUACCAAUUUGUAUCGUUCCUUACACCAGGUGUGAUCUACCACUGUGAUAUAAGUACCAAUACAUAUACACCGAAGGUCUUUCGAGAAAUAAAGAUCAAGAAUUUUGAUCUGAGCCAGUUCGAGACCAAACAAGUAUUUUAUCCUAGUAAAGAUGGCACUAAGAUACCAAUGUUUAUUGUGCUUAAAAAGGGUGUCAAAUUAGAUGGUAACAAUCCUGUCAUGUUGUAUGGGUAUGGAGGAUUUAAUAUAGCUAUCACUCCAAGCUUCUCUGUCUCACGAUUGGUCUAUCUUCAACACCUGGGAGGAGUCUAUGCUGUUGCCAAUAUCAGAGGAGGAGGAGAAUAUGGUGAGACUUGGCAUAAAGGUGGGAUGUUAGCCAACAAACAGAAUGUUUUUAAUGAUUUCCAGGCGGCAGCUGAAUAUCUGAUUAAAUCUAAUUACACUUGCGCUAAAAGAAUAACAAUCAAUGGUGGAUCAAAUGGAGGCUUACUUGUGGCUGCCUGUGCCAAUCAGAGACCAGAUCUGUUUGGUUGUGUUAUAAAUCAAGUUGGAGUUAUGGAUAUGUUGAAGUUCCACAUGUUUACUAUUGGUCAUGCAUGGACAACAGAUUUUGGAUGUGCUGAUAAACCUGAGGAAUUUAACUAUCUUAUAAAAUAUUCACCUCUGCAUAAUAUAAAGGUACCAGAAGGAGCUUCACAGUACCCCGCAACACUACUGCUAACAGGGGACCAUGAUGAUAGAGUUGUCCCCCUUCAUUCAUUGAAGUAUAUAGCUGAAUUACAACAUGUGAUGUCUGGUUGUGAAAAACAGACCAACCCAUUAGUAAUACGUGUGGAUACAAAGUCUGGACAUGGAGCUGGCAAACCUACUGCUAAAGUCAUAGAAGAACUGACAGAUGUGUAUUGUUUUAUAUACCAGUAUAUCGGUCUACAAUGGACAGAUUGACUUAUGUCUAAAAUUUAAUAUGUCGUACACUUUUAAAUUAAAAAAAAGUUAUUUCUAUUUGGAAUGAAUGUCUAUACUCUGUUAUA